AUGUCAGGAAACGCAUCUACAAGUGUUGGGAAGGGUAGGAGGUACCCUCCAAGGCUGUAUCCGGAAGGAAAAUCUCCUCUCCUGAGAAAGAGCAUGCACCAUAAUUGCACACUGGCCAGUUUUGGAUUCAUGAAAGAGUGCAUAGGUGAAGAUGUGUAUAAUGACAUCCGGGAUCAUUCACAGGUUGGAGUUGUAUUGAUGCUAGCGGAUUCUGAUUAUGUUUGGUGGGGAAAGCUUAUCCAUUACAUCUUAACUCGGCAGUUGGCAAUUGAGAGGAAGUAUGAUAUCUGGGCCUUGAUUGAAGGUAGUCCCAUUAGGUUCUCCCUCCAUGAAUAUGAAGACAUAACCGGCCUCAACUGUGCUCCAUUUGUAGAUGAUGAUAUAGUGGAGGCUGAUCACAGAGAUUUUUGGGCUGAGUUGGAUGUUGAAGGAGCUGUAGGGCCGAACUGGUACGACUUGGAAAAAGCUUUGAAGAGUUGUAGGACUUGGUCUGCUGAGAAGAGAAAGAUGCUUGGACUCUUAUUUGUGGUCCAUGUAGGGAUUUUGGGAAUCGCGAGGUCAAGUAGGAUUCCACUUGACUAUGCUAAAACUGUGCUGGACAGUGGUGUUUUUGAGAGAUUCCCUUGGGGAAGAAUUGGUUUCAAAGAGCUCAUUCAGUCCAUCAAAGUGGUAUCCUAUGAGAAUGACAGUUAUGCAAUCCACGGAUUGGUGCAUGUGCUUAUGAUAUGGGCAUUGGAGAGUCUUCAUAAGCUGGGGAAAAAGUAUGGAAACAAAAAGAAGACAGAUGAAGAUGAGGCUCAUGCUGAUGAUGUUGUCCCAUUGUUGGAGUGGAGUGGAGGCCGUCCAAGAAUCGAUAUAGGGGAGUUUUUUGCCACAGAGAAACGAAUUAACAAAAAGCUGUCAGUAACUAAUGUGGGCUGGCGAUCUGAAGAGGAUAUAUACCCUUUCUGGCCAGAUGAACAAGGUUUGUAUCCGGAAGGAUCAGUUGGAAUCAAGCUUCUUGACAAUUUGGUCGCAGACAUCUUCCUUGGCCGUGUCGAUUCAACACAAUGGGAACUAGGUAAAGAGAAGGUUGUAGGUGAGAAGAUGAAGGAGAAGAUGAAGGAGAAGAGGAAGGAGAAGAGGAAGGAGAUAGUGCAAAGUGAUGAUACACUUGACCCUCCACCUAAAAAACCUAAGACUAGCUUCAAGAGAGCAAGAGGGCCUGUCAAGUUGAAGGAUGUUAGUGAUGAUAGUGGAGAGGAGAAUGAACCUAGUAAGAAGGAAGAAGAAGAAGUGUCAAUGGGGGUCGUCAUGAAGUUGCUCCUAAGUAUGUCUGGCAAGAUGGAUUAUAUGAAUUCAAACUUUGGAGUGCAACUGAAUUUGCUAGGGACUCAUGUGAAGGAGAUUGAGAAGAAAGUCACAGCUCUUGAGGGAGAUGUGGGACAGUUGAAGAAACCUGAUGACACUACAGCAAGUAAGAAGGGAAAGGAAGUGAAGAAUGGGACUAGUGUGAAGAUAGGGCCGGGUGCAAAUGAUGAAGAAUCUAAAACUGACGAUGCUGGUGGUUCAGGGCCUAAUGAAGAGACAUAAGCUUAGUUGGUGGCCAAAACAUGUGAAGCUAAUUAAGUCACUGUAUUUUCUGGUUCUAUCUUUUUUUUCUUCUAAGG